GCAUAGUCUAGCUUGGUCCACUUGUGGCAACGGUAGUACAAUUCGCGAGCAAAAAUGUUGUGGCGCGGAGGCUUCAGCUUCUGGGUGGUGCUGGCACUAAUAGGCUUCACUCACGCAUUAUUGAUCGUUGGACCGAAGUCCCUUCGUGCCAAUCGUGAUUACACGGUGGUGGUAAGCAAUUUCUAUGGUAAACUGAACAAAGCUGAUCUACUGCUGCGCUUGCAAGGUGAAGAUGACAAAGGUCAAACGCUGCUUAAUCUCACCAGGACCAUUGAUGUGCGACUAAAUACCAGAAAAGAUGUGGUCUUUCAGAUACCGCCUAUCACGAGUGAUGGUUAUUUCAAAAUCACAAUAGAAGGAGUACGUGGUUUUGUCUAUAACGAAGAAGUUGAGCUGGAGUAUUUGGACAAAUCCAUCUCCGGAUUGAUACAGCUUAGCAAGCCCGUCUAUAAACCAGGAGAUAGCGUUCAGUUCCGUGUGAUUGUGUUGGAUCCCGAUUUGAAGCCACCAUCAGGCCUUAAGAUGGUGACCGUGACCGUGCAGGACUCGAACGGUAACAACAUACGCAAAUGGUCCGAUGCACAACUGUACAACGGAGUGUUUGAAGGGCAAUUGGACAUAGCUCCUUCGCCUCUCCUGGGGACAUACAACAUCAAAGUUGAGGCAAAUAAUAAGCCAUUGGUUUCGAAGCCGUUCGAAGUGAAGGAAUACGUACUGUCCACGUUCGAGAUGGACGUCAUACCAACCGUGACGCCACUCGAAGAGCACCAGGCGCUUAAUCUUACGAUAGCGGCCAGCUACUACUUCGGCAAGCCUGUCAUUGGUAGAGUGAAGCUUCAGCUUUACGACGGAGAUAACAAUUUGGAACUUUCAAAGGAAUAUGAUGUGAACGGAAUGCUGCAGGUUCACCUCCCCUUUACCAACCCAUUGAUCCUUUACGGAGAAAGCCAGGAUGUUAGGGUGAACGUUAGUUUUUCCGAGCAGUACACAAAUCGAACAGUCGUACAGAAUCGUUUAAUUACGGUGUACAAAUACAAAUAUCAAGUAAAGCUGGAAAAAGAGAGCCCUGCGUUUCGGCCUGGCUCACCGUUUAAAUGCCUUUUGAAGGUUGAACACCGAGAUGGAACUCCAGCGAAGGGGGUUACUGUGCUGGUGCGGAUCGAUGGUCUGGGACUAUCAAACCCAGAACAAAGCUACAAGAGUGAUGAUGCAGGAGCUAUCAAACUACAAUUGAGUACCACUGCUUCUGCAGAAACGAUUCAAAUCACAGCAUCGAUUGACGAUCAAGAGUUACUUGAAGACACUAUACUAAAAAUGGAACAGAAUAUAGAAAAGUUUAUUACAAUUGAUCUUAAAGACAGAUAUGUUGGACUUGGCCAUGAUAUGUCAUUUAGGAUCACUUGUUCCGAUCAGUUGAAGUUUUUUGUGUAUUAUUUUGUCUCUAAAGGAAAUAUCGUGGACUCAGGUUAUGCACGGCCAGGCAAAUUGUCCAGAUAUACGCUGACGUUGAAGGCAACGGAAAAGAUGAUGCCUAAAGCGAAAGUAGUCGUCGCAACUGUAACCAACAAUAUUGUUGUGUUUGACUACGUUGACAUCGAGUUCCACGAGUUUCAGAACAAAAUUGACAUAAGAAUCGACGAGUCCCAAAUUAGACCAGGAGGACAAAUUGGCUUAAUCUUCAAUGGUCUACCCAAAACGUAUGUGGCAUUGGCGUCAUACGACGAGAGCUUACUCCAACAUGGCAAAGACCAUGACAUCAUGCGCCAAAAUAUAUGGACGAUUUUUGAUGAAUUUCACGCCGUACCACCAAACGAGCACGACAAGAUCAAUAGCAUGGGCUUAUUUGUUCGGACACUAGACGAUGUGACAAUAGAUACAGCAAAUGAUAAAUCUGCUCGUACUGGAGAAGCUGGUGGAGAGGGAGAGGCGAAUAGCGCAAUUGAUCUAGUGCAAAAAAUGAUACGAUACAGAACCGACUUCCGUGAGUCUUGGUUAUGGAAAAAUAUUACCCUGCCUCGUUCAGGACGUUUCCCACUGGUUGAGCAAGUACCUGAUACAAUAACUUCGUGGUACUUGACUGGAUUCUCUAUCGACCCAGUGCAUGGCAUUGGAAUCAUUAAGAAGCCGAUUCACUACACCACUUUACAGCAGUUUUACAUCGUCGACAACCUGCCGUAUUCGAUCAAGCGUGAUGAAGCGGUAGUACUACAGUUUACACUGUUCAAUACGCUUGGGGCUGAAUAUAUUGCUGAUGUGACGAUGUUCAAUGUAAGAGAUGAAAUUGAAUUCAUUGGCCAACCAGAAAAUGCCAAAAACCACACGAAAACUGUUUCUGUUCCACCGAACGUAGGUUAUCCGAUUUCCUUCCUGGUGAAGGCAAAGAAAUUGGGUGACAUGACUGUUCGUGUAAAGGCAUCCAUCAUGCUGGGUCGGGAGAAUGAUGCAAUCGAGAAGAUUAUUCGUGUGACGCCAGAAAGUUUGGAAAUAGCAGAUGUGAAAUCACAGUUCUUCUCUUUCAGCGAACCGAACAGUCAAACGUACGAAAUGGUGUUGGAUAUCAAUAGGAAGCUUGAUUUCAAAUCGGUUACAAUAGACUUUUCUCUCACUCCGAAUAUCCUUACGGAUGUAAUUAGUAACUUGCAAAAUCUACUGGCCGUUCCGACGGGCUGUGGAGAGCAAAAUAUGGUCAAAUUCGUGCCUAACAUCGUAGUACUAGACUAUCUGAUAGCUACUGGAUCAAAGGAGACUGCCGUGAUCAACAAGGCAAAAGGCUAUCUGCAGACAGGAUACCAAAACCAAAUGAACUAUCGACAAACAGAUGGUUCUUAUGGUGUUUGGCAACAUUCAGGAGGCAGUGUAUUUCUAACUGCGUUUGUUGCUAAAUCAAUGCAAACUGCUGCAAAGUAUAUCUACGUGGACGAGCAUCAGGUAUCUAGAGCUUAUGAUUGGUUGUCGUCUAAGCAACAAUCGACUGGCAAGUACGUCGAAGUAGGUUCAAUCGCCCACCAAGAUAUGCAGGGUGGACUACGGCAAGGACUGGCAUUGACAUCUUACGUAAUGAUCGCAUUUCUCGAGAAUGAAAAACAAGCAACAAGACAUCGCACCGUUGUCGAGCGCGGUUUGAAGUAUAUUGCUGAUGACCUCGAAUGGAUGACAGAUUCCUACGACUUAGCUAUUGCUACUUAUGCGUUGUGUUUGAACAACCAUUUCAAGAAACCCCGUGCUCUAGAAAAGCUGAUUGGCCUCUCCAAAGAGGCUGCAAACGGUACCCAGCGCUACUGGCCGAGGAGUGCCCACGAAAUCGAGACUACAGCGUAUGCGCUGCUAUCAUUCGUAGAGGCCGGAAAGUACAUUGAUGGUGUCGCAGUCUUACGCUGGCUGGUGAACCAGCGAUACACAACGGGUAGUUUUCCUCGCACCCAGGAUACGUUCGUUGGUUUGAAAGCACUAACAAAGCUGUCACAGAAAAUUAAUCCCGCUAAGAAUGAGUACGAUAUGCAACUUACGCACGAGGGUGUGCGAAAGGAGUAUCGCUUUGACUCAAAUAGUAUUGGAAAAUUCAAGUUGGAUGAUCUACCAGACACAACAAGAAAGAUAUCAGUGAACAUCGCCGGUCAAGGAUCUGGGUUUAUACAGCUGGCCUACAAAUACCUCUUGAACCUGGUGAACUUUGAGCGAAGUUUCAAACUAGCCGUCAACAAAACCGACACAGACUCAGACGCUGUUUUGAAGUUAGACGUUUGUACCAGCUUUAUACCUAAACUUUCGGAUCAACGUUCGAACAUGGCGCUGGUUGAGGUAAACCUGCCGAGUGGUUACGUAACAGAGACCGGGCUAAUUGUUGAAAAACCCGGAAUUAACCCAAUAAGGAAAAGGGAGAUCCUGUACGGAGCUACGACUGCUGUGCUGUACUAUGACAAUAUGGGUACCGAGACGAACUGUUUCACGCUCACUGCUCACAGACGGUUCAAGGUGGCAUUAAAGAGGCCAGCGUAUGUAAAAGUGCACGAUUAUUAUCAUCCGGACUUCAACGCGGUCACGAUAUAUGAAGCCAUAAAGCAAGAGGUGUGUGACAUCUGCGAUCCAGGAGAUUGCCCACCAUCCUGUGCCAAUCUUUGAGCACAUUUUCUGAGAUGUUAUUGCGAUGAUGUUCGAUGAGGGGACAAUGGAUUAGCUGUAAUCUACAGCAAAAUCAUCAACGGAAAAUAAGAAAAACAGAAAAAGUGGUUCGAUUAAUGUUUAACCUUUAUCAUGACAAAUAUACAAAUACAGCUCAU